AUGGUCGUGUCUUACAGCCACGAGGGCAGCAAGGCUACUGGACUUGGGGAGUACAACCCCUGUUGGGCGACAGAGAGUGCCGAGUACGGGUGGUACCUCACCUUUGCGUGUGGUCCCGCGGAGAGCUGCGCUCGUCCUGGUGCUGUCAACGACCUCCCUCUCCAAGGCCUCAAGCCGUUGAAGCACGUCCUCACACCCUGA